AUGAGUAUCUCAGAGGAACCUAGCACGAAACAACAGAAGCUGAACACUUCAUUGAGAGUUCAGCUUCGCUCCAAAGACGCCACGGCACCAACUAAAGGAUCCAUCUUUGCAGCGGGCUACGAUAUCUACGCUUCCAAAGAGACUACUAUUCCUAGCAGAGGCCAGGGCAUGGUUUCUACAGAUGUGUCAUUCACGGUUCCUGUCGGUACAUAUGGUAGAAUUGCCCCCAGAUCAGGAUUGGCCGUGAAAAACGGAAUAAACACGGGAGCCGGUGUUGUGGAUCGCGAUUACACCGGUGAAGUGAAAAUCGUGCUCUUCAAUCAUUCAGACAAAGAUUUUUCAGUUCAAAAGGGCGACCGUGUUGCGCAACUGAUCCUGGAACGCAUUGUGGAUGAUGCCGAAGUGGUCGUGGUUGAAUCGCUCGAAGAAAGUACUAGAGGUGCCGGUGGUUUUGGCAGCACGGGUAACUAG